GAAAGAGAAUCAAAAGAGUACAAAUCAAAACAAGCCGAACAAAGCUCGCGGCACACGCGGGUCGUGGGGGCGAAGCUCGGGCGCCUGAAAGCGGGCGCGUCGGUGCUGCCCCACGCCGGCACCGACAACCUGCGGCUGCGGCACCUCCUCACGCUCCGCGACGGCUGCGGCGCCGGCGAGGGCCGGGGCGACCGCGCGUGCGUCUUCCUCAAGGCCGGCGACGCGGACGCGCCCCGGGGCUACGUCGAGGGCCGAGCCAUGACCUUCGACGACAGCUUCAAGCACGCGGUCCUCAGCGGCCCGCGCCACGUCGAGACGCGGGAGGCGCUCAUCGUCGAGGUGCUCCACCCGCAGCUCUGCGGCAACGGGCCCGUCUGCCGGGCGCGCAUGCGCGCGGCCGACUGGGCGAACUCGUAA